UUGUGGUCGCUCUGUUUAUGGGAGUCUAUGAUAGUCUGACAGUAACAGUCAUCUUUACAGUAAAUUUCAAACAGAAUCUCAUUGACAUCAAGUGCGAUUACUAAUUUUGGUCUUUUUUUUUCUUAAAAAGAAUCUCGCUCACUAACUACCUACUCAUGAAGCUCGUGAUUCGAGACUUGUGGUUCCUUCUAGUUUUUUGCCUGGCAAGCCAAAGCUUGGCAUUUCUACCGAGCAGGGCUGGCGUUACCCUACCAGACACCGACUACACUCUUACCGAAAUCACGGAGCAGGGCAUUGUGCGCGCCGUAGCCAAGUACUUCGAAGAGACCAACCCUGAUCGGUACAGUCCUGGCGACCUUACGGGACUCAGUCCUCUCACUCCCUCGCGACUGUUUCGAAAACAUUAUGGAGAUUGUGUCUACUCGACCAAAUUCGAACGGGCCGUGGAAGCAAUAUCGGAUGCCAAUAUUGACAUCUCCAACGUGUACGCCAAUAAGGCCGUCUGGCACUUCAACGGCAAUCAAAUUAACGCAGGCAACAGAAAGAUGAUCGGAAUCCGCAACACUCUCCUCAACACGCUAACGUCGGGCGACGAAAACGCCCCAAAUUACGACACGGCCCGUCGGCUCAGUGGCCAGUUCCUUCACAUGGCGCAGAGUUUCUACUCCAACACUAACUGGGUGGAGCUUACCAACCUCUUGAGGAACUCAGCAGCCGGAGAGGACGAGAAUGAGGUCAUGACAGCAAGAUACCUGGGUAUAAUUUUAAAUCCUAUGUUUCCCCGAGAGAGCCCAGAGGAGGCAGACAUGUGUCGCAAUUGUGAACCCUUCAGUACCAAUUCACUCCUUGGACCACAAGAUUGUUCUGACAAUCUUGUUCCAUUUUUGGUCUUCCUGACAAGUGGCUACAGAAGUGAGCAAGAUGUCCUCAAACCAGCUGCCCCUCCCGGAAGUGUCAGGGGCAAAUGCUCCCACGGUGGCUUGCACGAUGCCUCAAGGACCAAGAUCGCAACCGGAGGUAUUAACAAGGAGUCCUCGGACAGGCAGCGAUCUCCCCACUUCCACCUCCACGAGCAGGCCGCACUGAUGGCCAUCCAAGCCACAGAGGAUUUCUUUUAUCAUCCAGCCACUGGUCUUUACCAACAUAUCGGUGAGCAGAAGUUCCGUCAGCUCCUGGACUUGGACAAAGGGACAUCGCUGACCUUUGUCAUUGACGUGUCGGGAAGUAUGUCAGACGAAAUCAAUUCUGUGAAAGAAGAGACCAUCCGUCUUGUCAGAUUGCACAGUGAGACCUGUCUAGCUGCUUCCAAGUAUGUCGUCGCACCCUUCAGUGACCCAGGGUAUGGACCAGCUCUGGUGACUACAAAUGCUCAGAGAUGCAUUGAGUACCUUAGUAGUUUGACCGCUGGUAGUGGAGGUGACUGCCCAGAAUUAGCUAACAGCGGCUUGGAACUCGGUGUCCAAAAUAGUAUCAACGGAGCCAAUGUAUACCUGUUCACAGAUGCCUCAGAUAAAGAUGGGGAGAAGCUGCCAGACGUGCUAGCAUUGAUUGAGGAGAAACAGGUCCGCGUCAAUUACCUUUUAACUGGCACUUGCUCAUCCAGACGACGUAGACGAGCAAUUGAUCGGUCAUCAUUGCCGCCAUCCUACCAAAUUAUUGCCGAGGCAUCAGGUGGGGAGAUUUACCAGACUGAUAACAGGGGCAUCAGUGACUUAGUGCGAAUCAUCGAGGGCGACAUCCGUGCCUCCCAGGUGACAAUAACGCAGAGGUCCUCGUUGAAUUUGAAUGCUGUCAAUAUAAACAUACCAGUCGAUUCCACCAUACAAGAGGUCCUGGUGUCGGUAGUUGGAAUCUUGAGUGGUGACUCAGUGAUCAUUGAGCAUCCCAGUGGCACAGAAGGUACUCCAGCUGAGUUGAGAGCAGCUGUAUACACAAACUCGGCAGAACAGAUCGUGUUCAGCAUCAACGUCACGGAACCAGACACGAAGGGAGCAUGGGUGGUGAAACUGCGUAACUUGAACCUGGCGACAGAGUACUACAUCAAAGUGUCCGCCAACAGCGUGCUGGAUUUCACAUUUGACAUCCUGGAGACAGACGAAACAGGGACUGCUUACCCCGUCGACGGGAAACCAGUCGCAGGAGCUGAGGUGCUACUCACCGUCCAAGUCUCAGCUCCGGAAACCGUGUCCUCCGUCAGCGAGAUAAAACUGUACAAUGCCAAUGGAAAUGAAAUGCUGGUAACAGCGAGUGCUACGCCUGUGAUGGGCAGGACAGAGGGGUUAUUCAUAGCAAAUAUCUCCCUUCCAAAUGAGCCGUUCUUUGUCAGCAUCGUUGGGGAGGACACCCAGGGCAUGGAGUUCUUGCGGACACAGCCAUCAGAGAUCAAAGUUGUGGAAUUCAAGCUGGAGGAAGUUUUGGGCUCCAACACCGUAGACGAUCUCGUGCCUGGGGGGAACAGCAGUUUUGCCUUCAGAGUUACAAACAACGGCCCCAGUGACCGUAUGACUGUGACUGUGUCAGUCCUUGACACGGCUGUCAACUCUUCGGCCAGCACCCUGGCAGAUGUCUCAGGCCCAGUAGUCACUGCUGCCGUGAAGCCGGCCAUCAUGGUGCUGGGUACUGGGGACAUGGGGGAUGGGUUGGUGAUAGUGACUGCUGCCAAGGAUGCACCUGCCGGCACAUCUGUCAAAGUGACGUUGUCUGUCGAGAGUUCUCUGUCUUUGGCACUGAACUUCCUUUCAAUCGAUGCCACAGUCUUUGCAGUGGAGAAUGAUACAUAUGAAAAUCCAGAUGAGAACGAUGAUACACCACCCAGCUGUGAGAUCCUGAGUUCUGGGGGUGGCUGCACGGCCCAACAGAUGAGCAGCAACUGCCAUGAACAUGAAUGGUGGGUGCGUGCUCAGGCCACGGACAACUCCAUCUUGACUGAAGUUGUGCCGGACUCUGAGAUCGAGAAUAAUGGCACAGGCAAACAGUUGUUUGUCUACGAGAGAUUCUUACCAACUAAUAUGACCCUCAAGUACUCUGCCACCUGCUGUUGUCCAAUCAUGAAAUUCACAGUUCGCGACGGUGCAGGCAACCAAGCUUCAUGUGGGCAGGAUUACUACACCGCAGUGGCUGGAGAAGUAGAGAAACCCCAGUGUAAUGGACCGGUACUGGAAAGUCUAGAUGAUAACAUCCCACCCACCUGCCGUGUCUUGAGUACUGGAGGUGGCUGCACAGCCGAACAGAUGAGCAGUGAUUGCCACAAGCAUGAAUGGUGGGUGCUUGCUCGUGCCACCGACAAUUCCAAUGUGACUGUGGUUGUGCUGGACCCUGAGAUCGAGAUUGAUGGCACAGGCAAACAGUGGCUUGUCUACGAGAACAUUUUACCCGCUAAUGUGACCUUCGGUUAUUCAGCCACCUGCUGUUGUCCAAUCAUGAAUUUCACUGUUCAUGACGGUGCAGGCAACCAAGCUUCAUGUGGGCAGGAUUACUACACUGCACUGGCUGGAGAAGUGGAGAAACCCCAGUGUAAUGGACCGUUACUCACUGGCACUGGCCCAAGCACUGGUGUGAUUGUGGGCAUAGCUGUUGGCUCCUUGGCAGCACUGGUCAUCAUGGGAGCUGUGGUCUUCUUCGUGGCCAAGCAUUUAUUUGGAGUGGGCGGAAAGGCUACCCAUGAUUUAACCCAAAUGAAUGACUACUCCAACAGUUGCGAACUGCUCUCCUACAACAAACCCAAUGUGACCACUGAUGACAGUCCCCACGAGAUGGGAUCAGGAAAUGCAGGAUGUGCUACUAGCAUGACUGGGUUUGACUUGGAAAACACUUUGGAGUGAGUUACUUCAGUUUAUUGCCAGCACUUGCACACACCAAGAGGUGAUAAUCCUUGGGGAUUGCAGGUUGAGGUAUGUGCAAAAUUGCACUCCAGUACUAGCAAAUUUUCCAAUAAAGCUCUCAUCCUGAAGUUAAGUGUAAAAAUUCAAGAACACAUUUGGUAUAAGACGGUGGUUUUCAGAUUUUUGUUUGUGAAAGGAAAUACAGUUCUCAUCUUGUUUUUUCUGUGAUUGAAAAAAACAAUUCUAAUUCAGUUGCCACAUUCCUCUUGGUCUUGGGUGCAUUUUCUCCUGCAUUUAUCCCUCAGUUUGAAUACUGAAGUGACUCCGUGCCUAGCUCUUGAUUUAGUUACUUCAUUAGCUGGCUAUCGAGAGAGUUGGCUUCAAAGCUAGUUUGUGGAGCAAAUUUAAUGUUACAAACUGAUUUUGUUAACC